CAUCCUCACCACCCAGCGGCCUUCUACCACCAUCCUCACCACCCACCUGCCCUCUACCACCAACCUCACAACCAACAAGAAUGAUAACCCAGAUACAGAUACGACAACAGUGACAGUUGAGGAGUCGAGUGUGGACCCGUCGACGACAACUAUGGAGGACCCGACGACGACGCCGACGCCAGACACCGAGACCCUACCAUCAACGAGCGACGUCACCCCAAUCACCACCGAAGCAGGCGACGACGCUAACGAUACGACCACCGACGGAGAGGCGUCAGACGGCGUGACCACCGCCUCAACAACCACUACCGAGCCUGGUCCACCAGCCCACAACACCACCACAACCACCACCACAACCACCACAACUACGGAGCUGGGAUGCGGCGUGAACUCUGACCUGGUCAGCGGGAGAUGUGUGUGCGCAUCCAACUGGACGCGUGACCCGGCUGACCCGGGGUCGAGCUGCCCCUGUCCUGACCUCUGUGCUGGCCUCUCCUGCCCUCCUGGGGCAUCUUGCAAACACCUGACCUGCAACUUCGUUACCUGUAGCUGCCCUGAGCCGUACAGGUUCGAACCCUUCAAUAUGACCUGUGAAAGUCCAUGUAGCUACUAUGGGGACGCUCUAUGUGGUCUGGAAACCAACAUGAUGUGCCAGGACGCACCCGAAGAAGAGGCAGGGUACUCCUGUAGGUGUUCCUCAGGGUACCGUCUAAUCAACGGUACUUGUCAAGGAUUGAUGACGGAAAUAUCGGUGAUUGUUUUGGUUAUAUUGAUGUGUGUAAUGCUGGUGAUGAUUGUGGGGUUAUUGCAUGGUGACUUCUGUACUGAUUGUGCUGACACUGGUGACAUCAACGGUGAUUGUGACGUCUGUGGGGUGAUAUAUGACGCUUAA